AUGUUCCCCCACCAUGCGCGUAAAUGCUUACAGACCCCCUUAAUAAUCUCCCGCAAAGGCAAACCAACUCCAUCCCAUAAAACGCGGACCCAAAUUCUCUGUUUUUGUUCUUUCUCUGCCACUCCCAUUUCGCAUUCAUCACCGGCUCAAGCUCACUCCGACCUCCUCACACUCUGCUCGAACCUCCAUUCCCUUCGCCAAACCAACCAAGUCCAUGCCUUUGCGCUUCUCAAUGGGUUGCUUCCCAGAAGUGUCUCUCUUUCUGCCUCCCUUAUGCUCAACUAUGCCAUGUUUGGAAACCCUUCAACUUCUCUGCGUCUCUUCGACGACACCGUUGGGUAUUGUCGCACCGCGUUCUUGUGGAACACACUCAUACGGGCUAAUUCGAUUGCUGGAGUUCAUGAUGGGUUUGAGUCUUAUAAUCGCAUGGUUCGCUGCGGUGUUGGACUCGAUGAUCAUACCUUCCCUUACGUUCUCAAGGUGUGUUCAGACUUUGGGGAGGUCCGGAAAGGGAUGGAGAUUCAUGGGUUUGUUUUGAAGCUGGGUUUUGAUUUCGAUGUCUUUGUUGGGAACACUUUGCUUUCCUUUUAUGGGAAUUGUGGGAAACUGAGUGAGGCAGUGAAGGUCUUCGAGGAAAUGCGUGAAAGAGAUGUUGUGUCAUGGAAUACGAUUAUUGGGGUUUUUUCUGUAAAUGGGCUUUAUACGGAGGCACUUGAAUUUUACCGAGAAAUGAAUUCCAGUUUUUGGGUUAAGCCAAAUUUUGUUAGCGUGAUCACCGUGUUGCCCGUUUGUGUUGGGCUUGAAGAUGAGCUGAUGGCGACCCAGAUUCAUUGCUAUACCGUUAAGGUUGGUUUGGAUCGUCAGGUGACUAUUGGCAAUGCAUUAGUUGAUGUAUAUGGGAAAUGUGGGAAUGUGAAGGCUUCAAAGCUUGUUUUUGACGAAAUGUUCUGUAGAAAUGAAGUCUCUUGGAAUGCAGCUAUCACUAGUCUUUCUUAUAUUGGGCAUGACGAGGAUGCUUUUAAUACAUUUAAAUUAAUGAUUGAUUGUGGGAUUAGUCCGAAUUCUAUCACCAUUUCUAGCAUGGUACCAGUAGUGGUUGAACUAGGAUUUUUUAAAGCAGGAAAAGAAAUUCAUGGAUUUAGUAUAAGAAAAGGAAUUGAAUCUGAUAUUUUCAUUGCAAACUCGUUAAUUGAUAUGUAUGCCAAAUCAGGCCAUUCAACUAAGGCAUCCCAUGUGUUCCAUGGGAUGGGUGGAAGGAAUAUUGUUUCAUGGAAUGCGAUGAUUGCUAAUUUUGCUCAAAACAAGCUUGCGUUGGCAGCCGUAGGACUCGUAAGACGGAUGCAAGCUCAUGGUACAGCACCUAACCUUAUCACCUUCAUAAAUGUUCUUCCGGCUUGUGCUCGUUUGGGUUUCAGUCAUUGCGGGAAAGAAAUCCAUGCUAAGGCAAUACGUACAGGAUCUGCCUCUGACCUGUUUGUCUCCAACGCUUUGACAGACAUGUAUUCAAAAUGUGGUUGCCUAAAACUUGCACAAAGCGUGUUUAAUAUCUCUCUAAAAGAUGAGGUAUCUUAUAAUAUACUAAUUGUAGGCUAUUCUCAAACAAGUGAUUGCUCAAAGUCCUUUAGGUUGUUUUCAGAAAUGAGGCUUGUAGGGAUGAUUUAUGACAUUGUUUCCUUUGUGGGUGUUAUAUCCGCUUGUGCAAAUCUAGGUGCAAGCAAGCAAGGGAAAGAAAUUCAUGGAUUUUUAUUGAGAAAGCUUUGUCACUCUCAUCUUUUUGUUGCAAACUCACUUUUAGACUUUUACACCAAAUGUGGACGAAUUGAUAUUGCUGCUAAGGUCUUUAGCCAGAUUCCGAAGAAGGAUGUAGCCUCUUGGAAUACUAUGAUAUUGGGAUAUGGAAUGCUAGGUGAACUGGAUACUGCAAUAAGUCUUUUCGAAGCAAUGAAGGAAGAUGGUAUAGAGUAUGAUUCGGUAUCAUACAUUGCAGUUUUAUCAGCUUGUAGUCAUGGAGGGCUAGUUGAAAAGGGGAAGAAAUACUUUGAGGAGAUGCAUGCUCGAAAUAUCGAGCCAACACAAAUGCACUAUGCUUGUAUGGUUGAUCUCCUUGGCCGAGCAGGGCUUAUGGAAGAAGCUGCAAAUCUAAUUAAAGGCCUGCAUAUUAAACCAGAUGCCAAUGUUUGGGGUGCUUUGCUUGGGGCAUGUCGAACCCAUGGCAAUGUAGACUUAGGGAGGUGGGCAGCUGAGCAUCUAUUUAGGUUGAAGCCUCAGCAUUGCGGGUACUAUAUACUUCUUUCAAAUAUGUAUGCAGAAGCAGGGAGAUGGGCUGAGGCAAUUCAGGUGAGGGAAUUGAUGAAGUCAAGGGGAGUGAAGAAGAACCCUGGUUGCAGUUGGGUUCAGAUUCGUGAUCAGGUACAUGCUUUUGUCGUUGGGGAGAGAAUAGAUGGAUUUGACUCAGGUUUUUUGGCUUGCAGAAUCUAAAUAAAUGAGAAGUUAGCAGCUCCAACAGAUCAUUUUUCUUUUUUGUUUUUUUUUUUUUUUUGGGACAUUGAACUUUGUAAUAAUAUCUCAGUGAUGAAUAUAGCUGAUAAGAUUUUCUAUU